CCGGAAAACAAAUAACCCGUACGCUACAAUGGGACACGUGUUGAAGACUUGUAAAAUCAUCAUUUGAACACUAUAAGCAAGCGACAACUCCAUGCAUCUUUCUAUGCAACUGUUGCAAGAAGACAACAUCAGAAGACAUCACCACAAUCUUCAGGGGUGUUUGUUGCACUGAGCAUCAUACUGACAUCAUCAUACAUCAGUAGGAAACAAAUCAUGAGUGAAGGAACAUCUGGAGACACCUCUGGUAUGGAGUUAGAGGGAGUGAUUCGGACAGAGGAAACACCAGUGAACACACCGGAGGAGGAGGAGGGAAUCAGCACACGGAGGAAGAAGAAGAAGAAAAAGAAAGAGAUCAUCUACCGCUCUGAUAUGGAGGAUGAGGAUGCAGGAGAAGGAACCUCAGCGGAUGUGGAUGGAACCUUUGAUCGUCCACCGGAAGAAGAAGAGGAGGAAACACCUCCCGACAGCCGUUUUGUGACCCUGACUGGCACCAUUACUCGAGGAAAACGGAAAGGCCAAAUGGUAGACAUCUAUAUGACCCUCACUGAUAAAGAGUUGAGAGACAUGGCGCGCUCCAAGGAGCGUCUAGAUGCGGAGUGUGACGGGGUUGCUGAAGCCAAGCAAAAACCCUGCGCGUUAGGGAUCAGCCAAGGCCCUCAUGUUCUCCUCUGGAGCCUUUCCUGCUCUCCGUUCAUCUUCCUCCUCUCCUUCAUCACGUCCUUUUACUAUGGAACGCUCACCUGGUACAAUGUCUUCCUGGUUUACAAUGAAGAACGCAGCUUCCUGCACAAGAUCACAGUGUGUCCUUUGCUCAUCCUGUUAUAUCCGGUGCUGAUCAUGGCGUUGUGUGUAUGUAUUGCGGUGUAUGUCACUGUGACCCAGCUCUCAUGGGUGUUUGGAGAAUGGUGGCUGGCGGUCAGGGACCUGGAGAAGGGCUUCUGUGGGUGGAUGUGUGGGAAAAUGGGGUUGGAGGACUGCGCCCCAUACAAUGUGGUUGAGCUCCUGGACUCUGACACACUUUCCGGGACACUCCGGGGAAAGAGGAUAGAUGUUGAGUCAACUUCUGUUUUGUGA